UCUCUCUCUCUCUCUCUGCUCUGCGCUGUGUGUGCAGAUCUCUUUUCAAAUUUUGCAUUUCUUCGUUUCGAUCUUCAAAUGUGCUCUGUUUCGAUCGUAUCGUCGACUUUCUCUCUGUGUGGAAUCUCUGUAAUUCGCUCUUCCAAGCUCAGUUCGCCUGUGGGUUUUCUGUGCAACAACGUGGGUCCUACCAUUUCAUAGGGUGAUUAUAAUGAUUUGGAGUGCAAAUACAGAAGAGAAUUGUCGAGUAGGAAUUGGGGUAUGCAGCUUGACCUGUCUGUUGAUAAACUAUGGAAGGUGACAGAACAAAUUCUACUCCCUCAGAAGGGCUCGGUGACAGUAUUCAGAAAGUUAGAGCUCUCCAUGGGAGGACUAGUGGGCCUACAAGGCGUUCUACAAAAGGACAAUGGACACCUGAAGAGGAUGAAAUCUUGCGGAGGGCAGUUCAGCGUUUUAAAGGAAAGAAUUGGAAAAAAAUAGCGGAGUGUUUCAAGGAUCGGACUGAUGUGCAAUGCCUACAUAGGUGGCAGAAAGUCUUGAAUCCAGAGCUGGUUAAAGGUCCAUGGUCUAAAGAGGAGGAUGAAAUUAUUAUUGAAUUGGUGAAAAAAUACGGGCCAAAAAAGUGGUCCACUAUCGCACAACAUUUACCUGGACGUAUUGGUAAGCAAUGCCGGGAAAGGUGGCAUAAUCAUCUUAAUCCUGGCAUAAACAAAGAGGCAUGGACACAGGACGAGGAGCUGGCUCUGAUUCGUGCACAUCAAAUGUAUGGGAACAAAUGGGCAGAGCUAACGAAGUUCUUGCCUGGAAGGACAGACAAUGCUAUAAAAAAUCACUGGAACAGCUCUGUGAAGAAGAAGUUGGAUUCUUAUUUGAAAUCAGGUUUACUUACACAGUUUCAAGGACUGCCUCAUGUUGGACAUCAAAACCAAUCUGUGUUGUCAUCUUCUUCAAGAAUGCAGAGCAGUGGAGAUGAUAGUGGUGCCAAAGCUGCAGAAGGAGAAGAAAUUUCAGAAUGCAGUCAAGAUUCUACUGUUGCUGGUUGCUUUCUCUCGGCAACGGAAAUGACCAAUGUGGUACCACAUCCUAGAGAGGAAUUUCAGAUAAAUGAAGUAUCCCGUUUAGGAAAUGACCCAAGCUGCAGUCCAGCGUCUUGUUCAGAACCAUAUUACCCAUCUGUAGGAGAUGCGACUUUUUCCAUCCCAGAAAUACCUCCUGAAAUGGUUUGCUCCAAAUUCAUAGAGCAAAAUUUUUCACAUGAGGCUGGAGCUUCAAUGAGUGGGGAUUUCCAGUUUAAUCUGCAUGAGUUACCUAUCAAUUCUUCACUAGAAUGUGGCCAGGAAUCAUCAAGGAUGCAUACUCAUUGUGUGGGUUGUAAUGAGAGCCAUGAAGGGGCGAACGCUCCAUUUCAAACUUCUACUUCCAUGGGGAAUAUGGCCGUGGGUUUUAUUAAAUCAGAGCACAUGUUGAUAUCUGACGAUGAAUGUUGCAGGGUAUUAUUUUCAGAUGCAAUGAAUGGUGGAUGUUUUUCCUCUGGAGAUUUUACAAAUGGUGCAAACAUGGUUGAUUUGGGUGCUUGCACAGAUUCAGUACUUCUACAACCAUCAAACCUCCAGAUAUCUGAAACUGGGAGAACUUCAGCUUCACAAGUAUAUCAUCCCUUGAGUUCUGAUGUAACUGGAACUUCGUGCUCUCAAGUAGUUUCUGCUCAUGAAGGUCCGCUUAUAUAUGCUGGAGAACCUAGUCAUUUAUUCAGGGUUCAAGAGCAAGAGUUUGUCACAAAUUCAAAUGACGGGUUUAUCUAUGCCAAUGACUCUGCCAGCAAUGAUACAGGAAUGCAAGAGCAAUCAGAUCUGGUUAAGGAUCCUUCAAAAUUAGUACCUGUAAAUACAUUUGAUUCAGGAUUGGAUUUGCAAAAUUGUCCUGUGGAUGUGAGGUCAGAUGAGCAGACAGAACAGCAGGAUGGCGGAGCUCUAUGUUAUGAACCUCCUCGCUUUCCAAGCUUGGAUAUUCCAUUUUUUAGUUGUGAUCUUGUACAAUCUGGUAAUGACAUGCAGCAGAAUUGCCUUACUCCAUAUAGGUUAUGGGAUUCACCAUCUCGUGAGAGUAGCCCCGAUGCUGUGCUGAAAAGUGCUGCUAAAACUUUUACAGGAACGCCUUCUAUUUUGAAGAAACGACACCGAGAUUUGUUGUCUCCAUUGUCACCAUUGUCGGAUAGAAGAAUUGAUAAAAGGCUUGGGACUGACCUGACCUCCUCCUUGGCCAGAGACUUUUCACGUCUUGAUGUUAUGUUUGAAGAUAGUGAGGAAAAAACAACUUUACUUUCUCCAUCUUCUAAUAAGAAUAGGAAUUCUGAUUCCCCCAGUGAAGAUAAAGAGAACAAAGGUACAUGUGAAAGCAGAAUAGAAAAAGGAACUGACAGCACUGCAUUAUCAGAUGAUGGAAUUGCACAUAAAGAUUUUGAUAACGGUGAAUCCCAGGAAAAGACAAAGCAGUUCCAAGGAAUUGCUGAUAUUGAUGCUAAGAAUAAGGUUGAUGUUGUCCCCACUUCACAAAUUGCGCAACAGACCUCUGGAGUUCUUGUUGAACAUAACGCAAAUGAUCUGCUAUUGUGUUCUCCUGUUGGUUGUAAAGCUGAAAAAGCUUUGGGCACAAGUACUAAAACUCCUAGAAGUCAGUUUCGUAAAAGCUUUGAAGCUACAAACCCAGGAGUCCCUUCUAAAUCUUUUUCUGCAAGACAAUGCGCAUCGGUUAAAUCCCCUACUAUAUGUGUGAAAAAGCAUGAAAGUUACUCACUUGUGGAUACAUGUGUACAAUCUGAUUCUUUGUCAGCUCCCCCAGAAACAACUGGUGAUAAUGCUGGGAAUGAUAUCAGUAUUGAAAACAUAUUUGGUGACACUCCGUUCAAACGAAGUAUAGAAUCUCCUUCAGCAUGGAAAUCCCCUUGGUUUAUCAACUCCUUUGUACCUGGCCCAAGGGUUGAUACUGAAAUUUCAAUUGAGGAUAUUGGGUUUUUUAUGAGCCCUGGGGAUAGAAGCUAUGAUGCGAUUGGGUUGAUGAAGCAGAUAAGUGAGCAGACUGCUGCCGCCUAUGCCAAUGCCCAGGAAGUUCUUGGAAAUGAAACCCCUGAAACAUUAUUCAGGGAAAGACGUAAAAACCAAGCCUUGGUGGACCCUGAGAACAAUCAUGGCCCACCUAAUCAGCCUGGGAGCAGUUCCCUUUCGGCUGCAAAUGUUUUGGUGGAGCGUCGCACCCUUGACUUUAGUGAGUGUGGGACACCUGGCAAGGGAAUAGAAAAUGCCAAGUCUUCUAAUGCUAAAACCUUUUCAAGUCCGUCUAGUUAUUUGUUGAAGGGAUGCAGAUAAAAAAAGCUUCUUGUAAGAAAAGAUUGUAACCAUAAUAUCCGUUGCCCUAUAUAUUUUUUUUUUCCAGAGUUGCCUUAGUAAAUUAUGUUAUCCAUAUAUGUAUGUAGUUUUUUUUUUUUUUCCUGCUUUUAUUUUUGUUAGUGGCUGGAUCCAGUAAAUCAAUUGAUUGAAAGAAAUUCUUUUAUGAGCUAA